CUCUUGGACUUCCGGCUUGUAGUUCUCCUGUAGCAGCGCAGUUGUUUUGGAGGUGCGAUGGCCGUGGACCCAGCGCAGUCUCUCCGGGUCGCAGAGAUUAAGGACCCGGCGGUCCUCUUCGAGCGCUACAACACCGAGGAGAUCCGCCGAAUCGAGCGCAAGGUCCGCGGGGAGAUCGAGCAGAAGAAGGAGGAACUGAGGCAGAUGGUGGGCGAGCGGUACCGGGACCUGAUCGACGCCGCUGACACCAUCGGAGAGAUGAGGCAGUGCUCGGAGAGCGUCGUGCAGUCCAUCCAGGACAUGCACCAGUACUGCCACAAGCUCAAACAAGGCAAGAGCAGCGUCACCAGCAGCAAACAGGAGAGCCAGUGGCAGUGGCAGGAGAAGUUCUACACCAUGGCCUCUCAGAUCAAGCUCCUCUUGGAGAUCCCAGAACGCAUCUGGAGCGCCAUGGAGGCGUCACAGUAUCUCCAGGCCACCCAGCUUUACCUGCUGUGCUGCCACCUCCACAGUCUCCUGCAGCUGGAGGCUGCCACAGGAGGCCACUACAGCCCUGUCCUGGCCCGCUUCCCCAUCCUGGUCCGCCAGGUGGCCACCACCGGCCACUUCAGGUCCACCAUCCUCCUGGACAGCAAGUCUCUGCUGCGGGGUCGGGCCGUGUCAGACCAGGCUAUCGCCGAGGCCUUGGUGUCCACCAUGCUGCUGGAGGACAGCUCGCCACGCCAGGCCCUGGCUGACUUCCUGUUGGCCAGGAAGGCCUCCAUCCACCAGCUGCUCAACCAACCACAGCACGGUGCAGGGAUCAAGGCCCAGGUGUGCAGCCUGGUGGAGCUGCUGGUGACCACGCUGUUCCAGGCCUAUGCUGUCUUCUACCUGCCCCCAGAGGGAAGCCCCAGGCCGGGGGAGGGAGCCCUGAGCUGCGGCAUGCUCUUCUCCACCCUGGAGAACGUCACCUCAGGUGCCCCCACAGGUAAAGGGAGGAGGGUGUUGCAGGAGGAAAUGAACACAGGAAGCUGGUUCAAGUACCUACCAUCUUCCAUCUCCGAGUUCCAGCCCGCCCUUCGUACCCUGGCUCAGCCAAUCCAGAGAGAGCAGCUCCGGGACACUCUGCAGCAGUGGAUUAAUACCUGUAAGGAAGACAUCUGCCGUGGCGUGGGCAGCCUGCUGGUCUACGUCAAGAGUCUGAAGGGCCUGGCCGCCAUCCGAGAUGCCGUCUGGGAUCUCCUCUCCACCGACUCCAUCAGUCAGCACUGGAGCACUGUCUGUCAGUGCCUGCUAGAGUGCCCCCUGCUCAUCUGGGAUGACUUCCUGCAACAGCUUUUCCUCCAGCGUCUGCAGGUCAUCACCAAGGAGGAGACUGAAGCCAUCUCAGCAAGCUCCACCCAGCUCCUGUCUUCAGCUCUGAGGGACCUGGAGGCCCAGACGGCCCAUCCUUCGCCACUUACCUCAUCUGGGUCCAGCCCCUGCCCUGGCUCCAGCCGCGGGGCCCAGUACGAGGUGGAUGUGGCCUCCUUCCUGUGGUCGGAGUCUCCGGGGGACCUGCUGAGCGAUGCGGGCUGGGUAAGCGUGACCCAGCGCGGGCAGCAGCAGCAGCGUAGUGGCCUUGCUAUGAAGACCCAGGCCCUGACACCCUGCGUUCAGAACUUCUGCUCCUCCAUGGAUGCCAAGCUGAAGGCCAGGCUGGAUGACCUGCAGCACUACCUCCCUGCCCAGGACAAAGGGUCUGAGUCCACCUCAGUUCUAGUUUCAACCUCUGGAUCCACCGAUGGAGCCUCCAUGUCCUCGUUUGAUCGCUUCACAGACUCGGCGGCAGUGGAAGAGGUCUUGCAGGAGGGCUGCCUGGCCUGCGUUCGCCACAUCCUGUCUUCCAUCCGCUCAGAACUGGCCUUGGCCUCGCCUGACUCAAGCCCCACCCGCCUCAGUUCAGUGCUUUUCAUGGCCAGGUUGUGCCAGUCCAUGGGCGAGCUCUGCCCCAACCUGAAGCACUGCAUCCUGGGAAAACAGAGUAGGGUCGAGGCCGUGGCUAAGGGGACCCCCAGGCAGGGCAGGAAACUGGGAAAAGCCAAGGCUGCCAUGGAGGUUAGCCCUGCCCAGGCCAAGUGGGCGGGUCUGAAGGAGGAGCUCCUCAGCUGCAGCAUGGAGGCCUAUCGCAUCUGGAGCUCCGCCCUCUCCAAAGUGCUGCUGGAUAAGUUUGCCACGGCCCUUCAUGCCGAGUCUGCUGGUGCUAUCCUAACCACAGCCACCGGCUGGGAGGAUCUGGAGAUCCAAGAAGAGACUGAAUCAGGCAGCAGCGUCACAUCCAAAAUCAGACUCCCUGUCCAGCCGUCUUGGUUCGUCCAGUCGCUGUUGUUCCAGUUGUGUCUGGAGGUGAACAGGGUCGGGGGCCACGCCCUGCCCCGGCCCACCCUGCAGGAGCUUCUGCACACCUGCCUCGACAAGGCCAUCCACCACUACCACAGCCUCACACAGAAAACCCAGAACAAAGAGUGUCUGUUCCCUAUGACCCAGAACAGGGCCUUGCAGCUGCUGUUUGAUCUUCGCUAUCUCAGCACCACACUGGGCACCAGACAUGAAGAUGGCAAGAGCUCCCGAUCUCACCAAGACCCCAGGAUCCAGCAGGUCUGUGACUGGCUGGAGAGCUACAUCGACCCCUUCGACCUGGACGUGUUCACACCGCCGCUCAACGCCAACCUCAACCGCCUGUCACAGAGGACCUCGGUGCUCCUGGGCUUGUUGACGGGCUCAGAGAAGCAGUUUGCCUCACGAACCAGCAACGUGAACUCCCAAGAGCCCUAUAACAUCCUGCCGCUGGCCAGCAGCCAGAUCAGGUUCGGCCUGCUGCCUCUCAGCAUGUCCAAUUUGCGCAAAACCAAGUCGGCCACAAGGGGCAGCGACGCCACUCGCUCACUGCAGGCUCCUCCGGCCUCCACGGCAGCCAGCGAUGACACCUUCCGGCCCGGCAGCCUCUUCAGACAACUGGCCGACCACGACCAGGAACCUGCAGCCCCCUCUUUAUUCAAGUUGAGCUGGCUCUCUGGCAUGGCCAAAUAAGCCCUUUUAUCACUGAGGACUUUUUAUUUGCAUUUGCAUAAACUAUGUA